AUGCCGGUACCCGCGGCGCCAACAAUGCCGCGGAGUGCGAGAUUGAAUGGUCGGAAUCGGGGCACCUCGAGGUCUUUGAUCUCGUCUUUCGCCGGAAGGGGGCUGCUUUUAAAAGUAGUUGGUUUUUUAGCCAUAUUAUUAGCAUUUUAUCAAACUUUGUGGGUUUACUGGCUUGCUGGUGUCAACAUUCCCGAUGUUGAAAUCGACAAAUUGACGGGACAAAAGCGUAUCCGACGGAGACCCGAUAAGCUGCGCAAACGCGAUCAUAUCGCUCGCAAGGAUGUCCCAACCGAUUUCUUAGAUGGCAUUAUGGAGGGUUUUCACACGUUGGUGAGCAUUAAAGUUCCAAAAAAAGGAUUGGUUUCGACUGCGGAAAAGGCAUACACUGGUGUGGGUGCUACAUUUUGUCAUGUAUCUUGGCAUUUGCAGGAAAGAGAUCCCUCAAAAGUCCCGAUGUUCAAAGAUCUCAGAGAGCAGUCGAUGAUGUGUCAGGGAACCCUGCAUACGGUUGAUUUGUACGAAAUCACGCGCAAGGCGUUUGCGUAUGAUAGCCGGAACCACACCUUUGCCGCUACUCCUCCCAAACCCGGACAAGGUCCUGUUCCUCCAACAGCUGUCGUGUUUCAUGAAUCGCGCUGUGGUUCCACUUUAAUCGCCAACGUCUUAGGUGCUUCGACGUACUCACAAAGUCGGGUAUAUUCGGAAUCGCCCCCACCCGUCGCUGCCCUCAAGGCUUGUGAAGGCGAGGGUACGACAUGCAAUGUUGGUGCCCAGUCUGCACUGAUUCAGGACGUGUUUUAUCUGAUGGGUCGAACCACACGGCCUAUUCAACCUCAGCACGUCUUCUACAAAAUCCAAUCGGUUGGAGUUAAAUCAAUUGAAGCUUUUGCCAAAGCCAUGCCGAAUACGCCGUGGGUUUUUGCCUAUCGCGACUCGAUCGAAGUCAUGAUGAGCCAUUUCAAAAACUAUCAGCGCGGCAACCCCCUGUCUCAGAACUUUUUGCCAGUCUGUCUGCGGUCGUACGGUGAACCCAAUCAGCCGGCGUUACUCAAAGAAAUAGUAGAAGCGAAAGAGCGUACGGUGGAAUCUUUGAGCCACGAAGAGUAUUGUGCAGUCCAUUUGGCGUCCUUGUGCGAAUCGGCUAUUCGGGAAUACGACCGGGCCAAGUCGUUGCCAAACGCGCCGCCCCGCUGGUUUCUCAACUACAACGAGCUUCCGUACGAUGUUUGGGAACACGUUUUGCCACCUUUGAUCGGCACGCUUUCUGACUCUCAAAUGGCGCGCAUGCAAGAUGUAGCCAAGUUCUAUAGCAAGGGUCGCGGGCCCCGAGCCGGACAACACUGGCAUGAGGACACAACCGUGAAGCAGGGCAUGGCACCAGAAUCCGUCAAAACCGCUAUCAGGGUGUUUUUGGAACCUUCUUACCAGAGGCUGGAGGAAAUACGAGCUGAACUAGAAGCACAACCGGGCUAUUAA